CAGAACCAGUUUCUCUCUCUGACUGUCAGCCUCAGUGUUUUCUACCCGGUAACCAGUGAUGCAGAGGUCAUGUGACUCUGCUCUGGUUUUUACUGCAGUUCCCAUCAGAACCAGUUAGUUCCUCUGACUGGGAGAGAGAGAGAGAGACAUGGCUUCAUCACUGCUCUGCUGGCUGCUGAUCAUCAUCACUAUCAACACUGCAGAUGGAUUCAGAGAAAAUCAAAUGUUUCGUUGUGUUUUUACCUCACCUGAGCUGAAAGACAUUCAGUACAUCCAGUCCUUAAUUUACAACAAGAAGGAAUACGCCAGGUUUGACAGCAACCUGGGGAGAUUUGUUGGAUACACGGAGUUUGGAGUGAAGAACGCUGAACGAUGGAACAAAGAUCAGUCAUAUAUAGCAUUGCUGAACACUACCAAGGAAACCUACUGCAAACCCAACAUUGAUAUUGAUUACCAGGUCGCUCUGACUAAAUCAGUGGCUCCAACAGUCAGACUGUACUCCACUACGCCCCCUGCUGGCCACCAUCCCUCCAUGCUGGUCUGCAGAGUUUAUGAUUUCUAUCCUAAAACCAUCAAAGUUCAGUGGCUGAGAGACGGACAGGAAGUGACAUCAGACGUCACCACAACCGACGAGAUGGAGGACGGAGACUGGUACUACCAGGUCCACUCGCAGCUGGAGUACACGCCCAGGUCUGGAGAACGGAUCUCCUGCAGGGUGGAACAUUCCAGUCUGAAGGAACCUCUGAUCACCGACUGGGAUCCGUCCAUUCCAGACUCAGAGAGGAACAAACUGGCCAUCGGAGCUUCAGGACUGAUCCUGGGUCUGAUUUUGUCUCUGGCUGGAUUCAUCUACUACAAGAGGAAGGCCAGAGGUCGUAUUCUGGUUCCGACCAGCUGAGCCCAGAAGGAGGUUCUGGUUCCAGUUCGUCCUGCUUCCUGCUAAACUGGACCGUCUGAUCCAGAACCAGAACCAGAGGAGGUUCCAGUUCUCCAUCUGGCCCGGUUCUGUGGGUCGGUUCUGGUUCUGGUGGCCCGGCUGCUUCUCUUCAUCUUCCUCUAAUCAUCUUCAUCAAUAAUCAGAUUUUAAUCUUUGAUGUUUGGACCUGAAAUAAAAUCAAUAAACCAUCA